UAUUUGUAAAAAGAAAAAUCGCUACGUGAACGAACGUAGCCAAAAAAGAAAAAUUAAUUAAUUGAUUAAUUAGUAACGAAUUUUUGCCCAAUUUCUAGGUUUAGGCCAAAAAAAAAAAAAAAGAGGAAACCAUUGUUUCCACCAACGACAGAUUUCAUCACCGAUAAAAAUGCUUCUUCACUGAGACACAAACUUGGAAGAACAGAGCAGAGGCCCCCCAUUUCUCUCUUUCUUCCAAAAUGCCAUUUUUCAGACCCUUUCUAUCACUAUAGAUUGAACGAAUGGAGGGCGGUUCAACUUGGGUUUAAUAGAAGAAAAACAUGCUGAAUUGGUUGUUGAAUGCACGGAAAACAUGGACGUGGGAGGGGGAAAAGGGGACAAUGUCCAGGGAGUGAAUGUUGAGUCUAAUAAGGGGGGUGAUGAUAAUUGGAAUUUAAUUGAUAAUUCAACGGAGAUAGAGAUAGUUGUUAAUCAGGAUGAUGAUGGAGGUGCAGGAGGUAAGCCGUGUGUUGGGAUGGAAUUUGAGUCGGAGGAUGCAGGCAAGACAUUUUAUGAUGGAUAUGCUAGGCGGUUGGGGUUUAAUACCCAUGUUGGUCAAUUUACACGUACAAAGCCUGAUGGGCCAAUUGUAACGUGGGAUUUUGCAUGUUCAAGGGAGGUUUUUAAGAGGAAAAAUGUUGAAAGCUGUAAUGCCAUGUUUAGGAUAGAGAGAAAAGAUGGAGGUAAGUGGGUUGCAACAAAGUUUGUGGAGGAUCAUAAUCACUCUAUGAAUUCUCCUAGUAAGGUUCAUUACCUUAGACCUCGUAGGCAUUUUGCUGGAGCCGCUAAGAAUGUUCCUGAGAGAUUGGAUGCUACUACUGAUGUUUAUGUUUCAGCAGAUGGAAACCAUGUUUCUUAUGAAGCAACUAGGGUCAGGAAUGCCUCCUCUGUUGAAACUAAUCGCCUUGUAAGGAAUAUGGGGCCUGGGCCUGUAGGCUAUAGCAGACCUUCUAGUCAAAGGAGAACACUAGGGAGAGAUGCUCAAAAUCUCCUGAACUAUUUCAAGAAGAUGCAGGCUGAAAACCCUGGCUUUUUCUAUGCAAUACAGCUCGAUGAUGACAACCGAAUGACUAAUGUUUUCUGGGCUGAUGCAAGAUCAAGGACAGCUUAUAAUUACUUUGGAGAUGCAGUUAUUUUUGACACAAUGUAUCGACCAAAUCAGUAUCAGAUUCCAUUUGCUCCUUUCACAGGCAUAAAUCACCAUGGCCAGAUGGUGUUGUUUGGUUGUGCAUUACUUCUAGAUGAGUCUGAGUCUUCCUUUACCUGGCUAUUCAAGACAUGGUUAUCUGCAAUGAAUGAUCGACCUCCUGUUUCCAUCACCACGGACCAAGAUAGAGCCAUACAAGCAGCAGUUUCACAGGUCUUUCCAGAAACUCGCCACUGCAUUUGCAAGUGGCACAUCUUGAGGGAAGGACAAGAAAGGUUGGCACAUAUCUACCUUGUUCAUCCUUCCUUCUAUGGUGAGCUCUAUAGCUGCAUAAACUUUUCUGAGACGAUUGAGGAUUUUGAAUCAUCAUGGAGCGCUCUACUCGAUAAGUAUGAUCUCCAUAAAAAUGAGUGGCUUCAGGCAGUCUAUAAUGCUCGUAAACAGUGGGCUCCAGUUUAUUUUCGUGGUACUUUUUUUGCUACUCUUUCUUCAAACCAAGGGGUUAGCUCCUUUUUUGAUGGGUACGUAAAUCAGCAGACAACCAUACCACUUUUCUUUAAGCAGUAUGAAAGGGCUCUAGAACAUUCUUUAGAGAAAGAAAUAGAAGCAGAUUAUGAUACAAUCUGCACCACACCAUUGCUGAAGACACCAUCGCCUAUGGAACAGCAGGCAGCAAACUUCUACACAAAGAAAGUUUUCUCAAAGUUUCAGGAGGAACUAGUUGAAACUUUUGUAUAUACUGCAAACAAGAUUGAUGGUGAUGGGAUAAUCAGUAAAUACAGGGUUGCAAAAUAUGAACAUGAUCAUAAGGCAUACUUUGUAACACUGAAUAUUUCUGAGAUGAAAGCAAGUUGUACUUGUCAGAUGUUUGAAUAUUCAGGCAUUCUAUGUAGACAUAUAUUGACAGUCUUCACUGUGACAAAUGUUCUUACCCUCCCUUCACAUUACAUAUUAAAGCGGUGGACCAGGAGUGCCAAAUCUUGGGUUGGAUUUGAUGGGCAACAUGCCGAUCUUCAAGGUAUUGAGACUGUAACCACCCGUUUCAAUAACCUAUGUCAGGAAGCUUUCAAAUUGGCAGAAGAAGGGGCAGUCACUUCUGAGACAUAUAAUGCAGCAAUCAUUGCUCUUAGAGAGGCUGGGAAAAAGAUUGAUUUUGUAAAGAAGAAUGUAGCUAAAGUCGCACCGCAUAGCUCUUAUAGUAGUGGAAAUGGUCAUGAAAAUGGUAGCAAAAAAACCACUUCUCCAGUCUCCGAAAUAGUACCAUCUUUGUGGCCAUUGCAAGAUGCAGUACCACCUCGCUUUAAUCUUAAUGAUGUUGGGGCUCCACUUACCGACUUGAAUCAACCUAGCAUGGUCCCUGUAUCUAUUCAUCGUGAUAGUGGUCACCCGGAUAACGCGGUGGUCCUCACAUGUUUUAAGUCCAUGACUUGGGUUAUAGAAAAUAAAACUGCAAUGGAAGCUUGUAAAGUAGCUGUCAUAAACUUGAAGCUGCAUGACUAUGGCAAGAAUCCUUCAGGAGAGACAGAAGUGCAGUUUAGACUCACAAGGAUUACUCUGGAACCUAUGUUGCGAUCAAUGGCUUACAUCAGUCAACAGCUCUCAACACCAGUCAAUAGAGUUGCUGUCAUAAAUUUGAAGCUCCAAGAUACAAAGAUAACUUCUGGUGAAACAGAAGUAAAAUUUCAGGUGUCAAGAGAUACUUUGGGUUCUAUGUUGAGAUCAAUGGCCUAUAUUCGUGAGCAACUUUGACAAUUGUAAGCAUUUAUUUCCACGGUUCAAGUUUAAUGUUAAUGGAACCAUAAUUUAACAAAUUACUAGAAUGUAAGUAGACACCUUCCUACUCAAAAGAAGGCAAAUAGAUGAAUUUCUUAUGGUUAAUUAAUGUUAUAGGAUUUUGUACUAGAUAAACUGCAACAGAGGUUGUGACGGCCAUGGAAUAAGAAACCUUAAUAUUUUCAUAUUUAUAAUUUCAAUGCUGGCGAUUUAGGACUUGAAUUUAUAAAAGCUGGCUAUUUCUGUGCUAUAAGUUAUUUUGGUAAUUUUCUGUUUUUUCUGAAUGGGCCUUAGUCGUGACCCAUUGGGUCUUAUGUUGGGUUUAGAUAAAUUACUAGGGCUUUUAUGUUGUCUUCGGUUUAUAUUAGCCAAGUCUGUUUUCCUAGUUCUAUGGCUUUAGCUUUUAAGAGUCGUUGGCCAAUUCUGUCUAUUUAUAUCUAUUUGUACUGCUAGAGUUGGUAAUUUUUCUUUCUCAUAAUUAAGGUUUGAGUUACAGAGAGUUCUUGGAGAUUUUGUUAUAAAGUUCCAAACUUACAUGAAAGUUCGGGUCGUUAACCAUGAUUGUAGAAUAAAACAGAGAAAGGGAUGGUUAGGGAUCUCUGUUCUGAUACGAAACUCAUUUAUGACAGAUUUGGGUAACUCUGCCCACGUUUAUGUUCAACUAUGGAAUUUAAGAAUUGUAGCUAUUAUUUGUAUCACUGAGGCAUUUCAUAUGAUCCCAAAAGAAAGUUGGAAUUAAUGGGAAAGAUUGUUGGAAAUUUUGGGCAGCUGAAUUGGAGAAAUCAAGUUCAAUGGCCUCUUGUACUGUGAACACUGACAUGAGAGUACUGUUGAGAGAGAGAGAGAGAGAGAGAGAGAGAGAGGGAAAUAUUUGGAUCGAUAUGUAUUUGUUAAAGGUGCAGGAGUACUCUCAGGACUAAGACUUCUAAUGGGUAACUGACUGGUAACUUGGGCCUUGUGAAAAUAAUCUGAACUCUUAGGGAUUCUUGAAGCAAUCUAAACCCUGCAACAGAGAUACAUGACAAUUAUGCCCUACACAUUAAAAUUGCUGAUAUUGAAAUUAUGAACAUGAAUAAAAAAGUUUCUUGCCCCAUGUCUGUAUCAGAUAACUUGCUUUCACACCCAAUUUGAUUCCAUUGAAAGAUGGUGCAAAGUCAAAUUGUACCUUGGCUUGCACAAAUGCUAUCCGUUUUUUUGACGAAGGAAAAACAAAUGAGAGCAAGGUGUCAUGCUUCAAACCUUGGGAUAGUCUUCUAAUGGUGCAAAUCAUUGAAUAUAUUAGUAACUGAAACAAGUUGAUUCCAAUAUGUCUUGUGGUGUUUGCUUUUGCUUUGACAUGAUUGUUGAUCUAUUCUGCCCUUUUCUGCUGUUGUUUGAUAUAGUUUAUGAAUCAUUAUCUGUUGGCAUAGUUCGGAAGGAGUAUGGAGACCGGUGACUUUGUUGUUCAACUGAAGAAUUAACUAGCUGGAAUGAUGCAUACCUGAAAUUUGCCUACCAUUGGAGUUGGAACCCGAUAACAUUAUAGUAAAAUGUCAGUUAUUUAGCUGUGGCUGCUUGGGGAAUAGGACAAGCCGGUAUAGUUAAUCGAGAAAACUUAAUAAAGUAACUUGAUUUGUGAAAAGGUAGCGAAGAUAGAUAGUCCCGGUUGCAAGGGCUUAGACUUUAUAACAUUGUAAAAAUUCGGAAUUAAUUACUAGUCAAUGGAGAAUAUGUGACGGAAAGAGGGACAAACUAAUGAAUAGAGAUAAACCAUAGGGAAAAAAGGAAAAAAUCAUAGUUGAAUGACUACUUUUCAUCUAUUUAUGUUUGUCUUUUGAUUAUUAUUUGAAUAGUCCUUGACAGUGUUAAUUUCAUGUUAUUAUUUCAC